AUGCAGCGCCCGGGCGCGGCCGCGGCCGCGGUGUGCGCGCUGGUGCUGCUGACUCUCACCGCCUGCGUACCGCUGGCCAGUGGGGCAGCUUGCCUGUCAAGCCAGUUCCAGUGUGAGAGUACAGGGAGAUGCAUCCCUCAGGACUGGGUGUGUGACCAGGAAGUGGACUGUGAAGAUGGCUCAGAUGAACGUCACUGUUCUGGGAGCACAUGCUCGAGCCAUCAGAUAACAUGUUCCGACGGUGAGUGCAUCCCGAAGGAAUACAGGUGCGACCACGUCAGAGACUGCUCAGACGGAGUGGACGAGAGAGACUGCCGGUACCCGACGUGCGAGCAGUUGACCUGUGCCAAUGGCGCCUGCUAUAACAGUAGCCAGAAGUGCAAUGGGAUAUUCGAUUGCCGGGACAGCUCCGAUGAAGCCAACUGCACUCGAGUCUGUGAUCACUCCGAAUUUCAGUGUCACAACGGAGCAUGCGUUCCUCGAGCCUUUGUCUGCGACCAUAACAACGACUGUGGAGACAACAGCGAUGAGCUCUCUUGCAACUACGGGACCUGUGGGAGCUUCCAGUUCACGUGCCCGAACGGCCGAUGCAUUGAUCACAAUUGGGUUUGUGACGGAGCGGACGACUGCAAAGACAAUGGAGAUGAAGAUGGAUGUCAUAGUAGUGAUAAUCGUAGGUGCUACCCGAGAGAAUGGGCUUGUCCAGGAUCCGGACAAUGUAUCCCAAUUGAAAAACUUUGUGAUGGGACUCCCGAUUGUCCAGCUGGAGCCGAUGAGGCCAACGUCACUGCAGGAAGAUCUUGUGAUGUGUCCUUGUGUCCGGUUUUGAGCUGCCAGCACCAGUGCCACAGCUCCCCAUCUGGAGGACUCUGUUACUGUCCCGAAGGUUAUACCAUCAAUAGCAACGAUUCUCGAACCUGUGUCGAUUAUGAUGAUUGUCAAAUAUGGGGCAUUUGUGCCCAAAUGUGUGAAGACCGCAUUGGACACCACCAGUGUCGCUGUGCAGAAGGCUAUGUCUUGGAGCGGAACCGGCACUGCAAAGCUCAUACUUCCUCGGCCCAGGCCUCUGUGAUCUUCUCCAAUGGGCGCGAUUUGCUGAUUGGUGAUAUUCAUGGAAGGAGUUUCCAGGUCCUGGUGGAGUCUGAGCAUCGAGGAGUGGCGGUGGGCGUGGACUUUCACUAUGGCCUACACAGGGUCUUUUGGACAGACAUCGUGCAAGAUAAGGUUUUUUCAAUUGACAUGAAUACUUUUGCCAUCCAAGAAGUUCUCAAUGUUUCUGUUGAUGCUGCAGAGAACUUGGCUGUGGAUUGGAUUAAUAAUAAGCUUUAUAUAGUGGAGACCAAAGUCAACCGCAUUGAUCUGGUAAAUCUAGAUGGAAGUGACCGGGUUAUCCUCAUCACGGAAAACUUGGGCCAUCCCAGGGGAAUUGCUGUGGACCCAACUAUGGGUUAUCUAUUUUUCUCAGAUUGGGCGAGUCUUUCUGGGAAUCCUACAGUGGAAAGAGCUUUCAUGGAUGGCAGUGCCCGGAGAGAACUGAUAAAGUCGAAGAUGGGAUGGCCUGCUGGGAUAACUCUGGAUUUGGUGUCUAAGCGUGUUUACUGGGUUGACUGCCGAUAUGAUUACAUUGAGACUGUAACCUAUGAUGGCCUUCAGAGGCAGACAAUAGUUAAAGGAGGCUCCCUGGUUCCACAUCCGUAUGGAAUAAGCUUGUUUGAAGAACAAUUGUUUUUUACUGAUUGGACAAAGAUGGCUGUAAUGAAGGCAAAUAAGUUCAAAGAGACAAAUCCACAAGUGUACUACCGGUCUUCCAUGAGACCUUAUGGAGUGACUGUUUACCAUGCCCUCAGGCAGCCCAAAGUUGCAAAUCCUUGUGCAAACAACAAUGGAGGUUGUGAACAGGUCUGUGUCAUCAGCCACGUAUCUGAUAAUGAUGGCUUGGGUUACCGAUGCAAGUGUGCCAUUGGCUUCGAUCUUGCUGCUGACGGCCACAGCUGUGUUGCGGUCAGAAAGUUCCUGCUCUUUUCCUCACAAGUGUCCAUUCGAGGGAUUCCUGACAGUCUCCUCUCCCAUCAGGAUGUCAUGGUUCCAGUGACAGCAAGCCAUUCUUUCUUUGUGGGGGUUGAUUUUUGGGCCCAGGAGAAAACGAUCUUUUUUUCUAAUACGGCAGAUGACAUAAUAUGUAAACAAAAUACUGAUGGCACAGGAAGAGAAAUUCUCGUAGCUAACAGGGUGGAAAGCGUUGAAGCUUUGGCUUUUGACUGGAUUUCAAAGAAUCUCUACUGGACAGAUGCUUCUUACAAGUCUAUCAGUGUCAUGAGGGUAGUUGAUAAAUCAAGACGAGAGAUCAUCCAGAAAUUAAAUAACCCACGAUCGAUUGUAGUUCAUCCCAUCAUAGGGUAUAUAUUCUGGACUGAUUGGUUCCGUCCUGCCAAAAUCAUGAGAGCGUGGAGUGAUGGAUCUAACGCUUUGCCUAUUGUAAAUACUACUCUUGGAUGGCCCAAUGGGUUGGCCAUCGACUGGGGUGCUUUACGACUGUACUGGGUAGAUGCCUUUUUUGACAAAAUUGAGCACAGCACAUUUGAUGGUUCAGAUAGAAGAUCGCUGGGUCACAUCGACCAGAUGACGCAUCCAUUUGGACUCACCGUCUUUGGAGAGCAUGUAAUUUUUACUGACUGGAGACUGGGUGCUAUUGUUCGAGUUAGGAAAAUUGAUGGUGGGGGGCAGACUGUUAUCCGAAAAGGCAUUAGUAACAUAAUGCACGUGAAAUCGUAUGAUGCUGACCGCCAGACAGGUUCUAAUUACUGCAGUCGGACGACCAAUCCCAAUGGCGACUGCAGCCACUUCUGCUUCCCGGUGCCAAAUUUCCAACGGGUGUGCGGAUGUCCCUAUGGAAUGACCUUGGGUUCCGAUCACAUGACGUGUGUGGAAGCCCCGUCCCUGGAGCCACCCAUGCAGCAGUGUGGCGAGUUUUCCUUCCCCUGUAAGAACGGCAGGUGUGUGGUCAGUCACUACCGCUGUGAUGGAGUUGAUGACUGCCACGACAACAGUGAUGAGGAGCAGUGUGGCGCACUGAAUAGUACCUGUGCAUCUUCAGCAUUCCAGUGUGCUUCUGGCCAGUGUAUCCCUUCUCUCUGGCACUGCGACAAACACAACGACUGUGAGGAUGGCAGUGAUGAGCAGAACUGCCCUACCCAGAGGCCUGUUUCCUGCUCCGUGAACGAGUUCACCUGUGAAAAUAAUCUGUGUAUCCCAAGAAGCUGGGUCUGUGACACAGACAACGACUGUGGGGAUGGAUCUGAUGAGAAGAGCUGCGAAUCUGCAGAGACUUGCCACGUCACUCAAUUUAAAUGCCCUGACCAUCGUUGUAUUGACUUACCUUAUGUCUGUGAUGGGGACAAAGACUGUGUUGACGGAUCCGACGAGGUUGGCUGUGCGUUUAACUGCACUGCUUCUCAGUUCAAGUGUGCCAGUGGGGACCAGUGUAUCAGCAGCAUGGACCAUUGUGAUGGUGUUUAUGACUGCCAUGACCACUCAGAUGAGAUAGGCUGUCCCACCAGGCCUCCUGGUAUAUGCCACCCAGAUGAAUUUCAGUGCCAAGAAGAUGGUGUCUGCCUCCCGCAUGGCUGGGAGUGUGAUGGGCACCCAGACUGUGCCCGUGGAUCUGACGAGCAUCAAGGCUGCCUGCCCAAGACCUGCCCUUCCACUCACUUCCUCUGCGACAACGGAAACUGCAUCCAUAAAGCAUGGCUGUGUGAUGGGGACAAUGACUGCAGGGAUCUGAGUGAUGAAAGGGACUGCCCUACCGAGGCCUUUCGUUGUCCCAGUUGGCAGUGGCAGUGCCCCGGCCAUAGCGUCUGUGUGAAUCUGAGCGCAGUGUGUGAUUCUAUCCCUGACUGCCCCAAUGGGGCAGAUGAGUCCCCACUUUGCAACCAGGACAGCUGCUCAGUGAACAAUGCUGGCUGUACCCAUGAGUGCAUUCAAGGUCCCUUCGGGGCUGAAUGCAUAUGUCCGUCGGGGUUCCUCCUUGCCAAUGAUUCUAAGACCUGUGAGGAGAUCAAUGAAUGUGAUUUCCCAGGCUUCUGUAGCCAGCACUGCCACAACGAGCGAGGUUCCUACCGGUGCUGGUGUGAUACAGGCUACGUAUUAGAAGGUGAUGGGAAGACAUGCAAAGCUCAAGCAUCUGACAGUCUGCUGCUGCUGGUGACCAGCCGGAGCCACAUCGUGGCUGACAAUAUCACUGGUCAAACCCACAGUAUCUACUCACUGGUCAGAAACGGGUCUCGCAUCGUAGCCCUUGAUUUUGAUUCAAUCAGCGGGCGUAUCUUUUGGGCUGAUAAUUCUCAUGAUAAAAUAUGGAGUGCAUUUCAAAAUGGAACAGACCAGAAAGUAGUGCUUGACAGUGGGAUCACCAUGGUUGAAAGCAUUGCCAUCGAUUGGGUGGGUCGCAAUAUGUACUGGGCAGACUACGCGCUGGAAACCAUUGAAGUGUCCAAAAUGGAUGGGAGCCACCGGGCUGUCCUGCUCAGUGAAAACAUAACGAAUCCAAGAGGACUAGCAUUAGACCCCAGACCGAAUGACCAUCUGCUGUUCUGGUCUGACUGGGGCCAACACCCGCGUAUUGAGCGAGCCAGCAUGGAUGGCAGUAUGCGCACAGUCAUCGUCCAGAACAAGCUCUUCUGGCCCAACGGCUUAGCCAUUGACUAUCCCAACAGACUGAUCUAUUUCGUGGAUGCCUAUCUGGAUUACAUCGACUUUUGUGAUUACAAUGGGAAUCAUCGGCAUCAGGUGAUAGCCAGUGAUUUGAUUCUUCGGCACCCCCAUGGGAUAACUCUCUUUGAAGAUUCCAUGUACUGGACGGACCGCAGCACUCAGCGGGUUAUCAAAGCCAACAAGUGGCAUGGGGGAAACCAGUCCGUCAUCAUCUAUAACGUGCCCCAGGCCUUUGGGAUUGCUGCGGUGCAUCCCGUGAAACAACCACCGAGUGCAAAUCCAUGUUCCAUUGCCUUCUGCAGCCACCUGUGCCUGCUUUCCUCUCAGGGGCCAAGUUUUCACUCCUGUGUGUGUCCUUCAGGAUGGGUGCUUGCUCAUGAUGCUCAGAACUGCUUGAGAGAUGAAAAACCUUUCUUAAUAACGGUAAGACAGCGUGUAAUUUUUGGGAUCCCCCUGAAUCCUGACGAGAAGGGCAAUGAUGCCAUGGUCCCCAUAGCAGGGCUGCAGAGUGGCUAUGAUGUGGACUUCGACUACUCAGAGCAAUUCGUCUAUUGGAUUGAGUACCCAGGUGCAAUCCAUAGAGUGAAGACAGACGGCACUGGCAGGAUGCUGUUUGCCCCUGCCUCUCUUGUGGGAUUUCCCAGAAGCUUGGCUGUAGACUGGAUAUCAAGAAACCUUUACUACACUAGCCCUGGAACUCAGUCAAUCGAGGUUUUGACGCUCAGGGGAACUCGCCAAUACGGAAAGACUCUGAUUACCAAUGAUGGGACAACUACCGGAGUUGGUCAUCCGAUUGGCAUAACUGUUGAUCCCGCCCGCGGGAAGCUGUACUGGUCAGACCAAGGAACAGACAGCGGGGUUCCAGCCAAGAUCGCCAGUGCUAACAUGGACGGCACGUUUUCCAAAGUCCUUUUCACUGGGAACCUGGACCACCUGGAGUUCAUCACUCUGGACAUCAAGGAGCAGAAACUCUACUGGGCGGUCACCAGCGUGGGAGUGAUUGAAAGCGGAAACGUGGACGGUACAAAUCGAAGAAUCCUGGUAUACCAGCUCUCCCACCCCUGGGGAAUUGCUGUCCAUGGUUCCUUCCUUUAUUAUAGUGAUGCAGACUAUGAGGUCAUUGAACGAGUUGACAAGACCACGGGAGCCAACCAAGUAGUCUUGAGAGACAAUGUUCCAAAUCUGAGAUGCCUUCGCAUCUAUCACAAACCAGAUUCUGCUGAUUCCUCAAAUGGCUGUAGUAACAACCCGCUUGCCUGUGAGCAGAUUUGCCUGCCUGUACCCGAAGGGCUGUUCUCCUGUGCCUGCGCCACUGGAUUUAAGCUCAAUGCUGAUAAUCGAACCUGCUCUCCGUACAGCUCUUUCAUUGUUGUGUCAAUGCUUUAUGCAAUAAAAGGUUUUAGCUUGGAACCAUCUGAUCACUCACAGGCCAUUGUGCCAGUUGCAGGCCCAGGACGGAAUGCCUUGCAUGUGGAUGUUGAUGUGUCCUCUGGCUUUAUUUACUGGUGUGAUUUCAACAGCUCUGUGCAAUCUCAGAAUGUGAUCCGAAGAGUUAAACCAGAUGGGUCCAGCUUUACAGACAUUGUUACAGAUGGCAUAGGAAUAAACGGAGUCCGGGGCAUUGCUGUGGAUUGGGUAGCAGGAAAUCUAUAUUUUACCAAUGCUUUUGGGUUCGACACACUGGUGGAAGUUCUGAGGAUCAAUACCACUCACCGCCGUAUUCUCCUUAAAACCUCAGUGGAUAUGCCCAGGGAUAUUGUUGUAGACCCCAAGAACAGAUUCCUCUUCUGGGCUGACUAUGGGCAGAGCCCGAAGAUUGAACGUGCUUAUCUCGACUGUACCAAUCGAACAGUGCUUGUAUCAGAGGGCAUUGUCACACCGCGGGGCUUGGCCGUAGACUACGGCAACACCUACAUUUACUGGGUUGACGAUUCUUUAGAUGUGAUCUCAAGGACCCAUAUUAUCAGUGGGGAAUCAGAAGUGAUUCGCGUUGGCAGUCGUUACCCAACUCCUUAUGGUAUCACUGUGUUUGGGAACUCCAUCAUCUGGGUAGACAGGAAUUUAAAAAAAAUCCUCCAAGCUAGUAAAGAACCAGGGAACACAGAGCCACCAACUGUGAUAAGGGACAAUCUCUUUUGGUUAAGAGAUGUGGCCAUGUUUGACCAGCAGGUCCAGCCCCGGUUGCCGGCAGAGGUCAAUCACAACCCUUGCAUGGAAAAUAAUGGGGGGUGCUCUCACCUCUGCUUCGCUCUGCCUGGAUUACAGGCCCCCAAAUGUGCCUGUUCUUUUGGGACUUUGGAAACGGAUGGGAAGAAUUGUGCCAUUUCAACAGACAAUUUUCUUAUCUUUGCUUUGGAAAAUUCAUUAAGAAGCUUAUACUUGGACCCUGAAAACCAUAGCCCACCUUUCCGUGCCAUAGAAGUAGACAGAACUGCCGUGACUCUGGACUAUGACAGCCUGAAUAAUCGAAUCUACUUCACACAAAACACAGCCACGGGAAGUGGCCAGAUUUCCUAUGUCAGCCUGUACUCAAAGGAUGCUUCUUCAACAGUCAUAGUCUCAGAUAUGGAUACUACUGAGGGCAUUGCCUUUGACUGGAUCAAUAACAGAAUUUAUUAUACCGACUACAUCAACCAGACAAUUAGCUCCAUGGCUGUUGAUGGGUCUAACCGCACCGUGGUAGCCCGAGCUUUAAGACCAAGGGCCAUUGUCUUAGACCCUUGCCGAGGGUAUAUGUACUGGACUGAAUGGAGUUUCGCUCCCCAAAUUGAGCGAGCGACACUGGGAGGAAACUUUCGGGUACCCAUUGUGAACAGCAGCGUGGUCUGGCCCAAUGGGUUGACCCUGGACUACGAGGAGGAGCUUCUCUACUGGGCAGAUGCCAGUCUGCAGCGGAUUGAACGCAGUUCUCUGACGGGGACGGAUCGCGAAAUUGUUGUCAGCACCACCCUACAUCCCUAUUCUUUGACCCUCUACGGCCAGUAUAUUUACUGGACUGACUGGUCCACCAAGUCCAUUUACCGAGCCAACAAAUAUGAUGGGUCAGGUCAGAUUGUAAUGACCGCCAACCUGCCCACUCGGCCCAUGGGCAUUCACAUUUCUGGGCGCAGCCAGCAGCAGCAGUGUAGCAACCUUUGCAGUCAGUUUAAUGGGGGCUGCAGCCACAUCUGUGCACCAGGUCCACAUGGUGCUGAGUGCCAGUGUCCAACGGAGGGCCGCUGGUAUCUGGCCAACGGCGAGAAGCACUGCAUCGUGGACAACGGCACCCGCUGCGGGGCCUCUGAGUUUACCUGCCUCAGUGGGCGCUGCAUCCCCGAGGUGUGGAAAUGUGACAAUGACCUGGACUGCGCCGACGGCAGUGACGAGCUAGAAAGUGUGUGUGCAUUUCACACCUGCUCACCGACGGCCUUCACCUGCGCCAACGGGCGAUGCGUGCAGUACCGUUACCGCUGCGAUCACUACAACGACUGUGGCGACCACAGCGAUGAAGCCGGGUGUCUGUUCAGGCCCUGUAACUCCAGCACCGAGUUCACUUGCAAUAACGGGCGGUGCAUAUCGCUUGAGUAUGUCUGCAACGGGAUGAACAACUGCUAUGAUAAUGAGACCUCAGACGAGAGGAACUGCCCUGACCGAACUUGCCCGUCUGGAUACACAAAAUGUCAGAAUAACAAUAUCUGCAUUCCGCGCACUUACCUGUGCGAUGGAGACAAUGACUGUGGAGAUCGGAGUGAUGAGAGCCCCACGUACUGUGCUACUAACACGUGCACCGACAGCGAGUUCCUGUGUGCAUCUGGGCGGUGCAUCCCUUCCCGAUGGUACUGUGAUCAAGACCAAGAUUGUGGCGAUGGCUCUGAUGAACCUCCCUCUUGUGAGUUCCAUGAGCCAACCUGCUCAAGCGGACAGUUCCAGUGUGACGAUGGGAGGUGCAUUUCAAAUAGCUGGAUCUGUGACGGUGACAAUGACUGUGGGGACAUGAGCGAUGAGGAUGCGAGGCACAACUGUGGCAACCAUACCUGCCCAAGUUCAAUGUUUUCAUGUGUAAACAGCGCGCCUCCCUCUCGGCGGUGCAUUCCCCAAACCUGGGUCUGUGAUGGCGAUGCAGACUGCAGUGAUGCUUAUGAUGAACAUCAGAAUUGCACCAGGAGAUCUUGCUCUGGAAAUGAAUUCACCUGUGAAAAUGGACUCUGCGUCUGGAACUCAUACAGGUGUGACCGACGCAACGACUGUGGCGACUACAGUGACGAGAGAAACUGCACAUACCCCACGUGCUCCAUGAAUCAGUUUACCUGUCAGAAUGGGCGCUGCAUCCACAAGAGCUACGUCUGUGAUGGGGACAACGAUUGCGGAGACGAGUCUGAUGAGCUGGAGCAUUUGUGCAGCACCCCAGAAGCAACAUGCCCCCCUCACGAGUUUCGAUGCGACAACGGGCACUGCAUUGAGAUGGCAAAGGCCUGCAACCAUCUAGAUGACUGCACGGACAACAGUGAUGAGAAAGGGUGUGGCAUUAAUGAGUGCAGUGACCCUUCCAUCAGUGGUUGUGAUCAGAACUGCACAGAUACGCAAACCAGUUUCUACUGCUCGUGUCUUCCUGGUUACAAGCUUAUGUCGGACGGCCGGACCUGUGAUGACGUUGAUGAAUGCCAGGAGACGCCCUCUGUCUGUAGCCAGAUCUGUGAGAACACGAUCGGCUCCUACAUCUGUAAAUGUGCUCCGGGCUACAUUCGGGAAGGGGAUGGAAAGAGCUGUCGACAGAACAGUGACAUCGAGCCCUACCUCAUUUUUAGCAACCGCUACUAUGUGAGAAAGCUAGCGCUCGAUGGGGAUUUUUACACUCUCCUUUUGCAAGGACUAGGCAAUGUUGUGGCCUUGGAUUUUGACCGAGUGGAAAACAGACUGUAUUGGGCUGAUACAGAGAGGAAAGUCAUUGAGAGAGUAUUUCUCAAUACAACAAACCAAGAAACAGUCAUGAGCCAUGAUCUACCAGCUGUGGAAGGUCUGGCUGUAGACUGGGUUACCAGGAAACUCUAUUGGCUGGAUGCUUCACUGAAUGGCCUCUUUGUCUCCGAUCUCAAUGGUCGAUUCCGUCGCAAGCUGGCCGAGCACUGUGUGGAUGUCAACAACACCUUCUGCUUUGAAAAUCCCAGGGGAAUUGUCCUUCAUCCACGAAUCGGGCAUGUGUACUGGACUGACUGGGCUCACCCUGCAUACAUUGGGAGAAUAGGCAUGGAUGGAAGCAAUAAGUCUGUGAUUAUCUCCACCAAGAUAGAGUGGCCCAAUGGCAUCACCAUCGACUACACCAAUGACCGACUCUACUGGGCAGAUGCCCACCUGGGCUACAUCGAGUACUCUGAUUUGGAGGGCCACAACCGGCACACAGUGUAUGACGGGAUGCUGCCACACCCCUUUGCUAUUACCAUUUUUGAGGACACUGUUUACUGGACAGAUUGGAAUACAAGGUCCAUUGAAAAGGGAAACAAAUACGACGGAUCAAGUAGGAUGUUGCUCAUGAACACAACACACAGACCCUUUGACAUCCAUGUGUAUCAUCCAUACAGGCAGCCAAUUGUGGGAAAUCCCUGUGGUGUCAACAAUGGUGGCUGUUCUCAUCUUUGCCUCAUCAAAGCAGGAGGCCAAGGAUAUACCUGUGAAUGUCCAGACCACUUCCAGACGCUCCGCCUGGGGGGGAGCACCCGCUGUCUCCCCAUGUGUUCCAGCACCCAGUUCCUAUGUGCUGACCGUGAAAAGUGCAUUCCUAUCUGGUGGAAAUGUGAUGGGCAGAAGGACUGUGCAGAUGGCUCUGAUGAGCCGCCCAUGUGCCCACAGCGCUACUGCCGCCUGGGACAGUUCCAGUGUCAGGAUGGCAAUUGCACCAGCUCCCACUUUUUAUGCAAUGCCCACCAAGACUGCCCGGAUGGGUCUGAUGAAGACCGGAUUCUCUGUGAGAAUCACCAGUGUGGGGCCAAUGAGUGGCAGUGUGCCAACAAACGCUGCAUCCCAGAGUCGUGGCAGUGCGACAUGGAGGACGACUGCUCUGACAACUCCGAUGAAGACAGUUCCCACUGUGCCACCAGAACCUGCCGCCCAGGCCAGUUUAAAUGUAACAACGGCCGCUGCAUCCCCCAGUCUUGGAAGUGUGAUUAUGACAAUGAUUGUGGCGACUUCUCGGACGAACCCAUCCAGGAGUGCAUGGGAUCUGCAUAUCGCUGUGAUAAUUAUACAGAGUUCAGCUGUAAAACCAACUAUCGCUGCGUUCCCAAGUGGACUGUGUGCAACGGUGUUGACGACUGCAGGGACAACAGUGAUGAGGAAGGCUGUGAGGAAGUGACCUGCAGUCCCUCAGGGCACUUCCGCUGUGACAACCACUACUGCAUCCCUCUUCGCUGGAGAUGUGAUGGCCAGAACGACUGUGGAGAUAACUCAGAUGAGGACAAGUGUGUCCCUCGAGAGUGCACUGAGAGUGAGUUUCGAUGUGACAACCAGCACUGCAUUCCCUCUCGAUGGAUCUGUGACCAUGACAAUGACUGUGGGGACAACUCCGACGAACGGGACUGCGAGCUGAGGACCUGCCAUCCUCAAUAUUUUCAAUGUGGGAGUGGACAUUGUGUGCCUGACCACUUGAAGUGUGAUGGAUUCGCCGACUGUCUCGAUGCCUCUGACGAAUCCACUUGUCCCACCCGCUUUCCCAAUGGUGCCUAUUGCCCAGCCAGUAUGUUCGAAUGUAAAAACCAUGUUUGUGUCCAGUCAUUUUGGCAGUGUGAUGGUGACGACGACUGUGGCGAUGGCUCCGAUGAGGAGCUCCACCUGUGCAUAAACAUUUCCUGUGACCCCACAUCCCGUUUCCGCUGUGACAACAACCGAUGCAUUUACAGACAUGAGCUGUGCAACCAUGUGGAUGACUGUGGAGAUGGAAGUGACGAGAAGGAGGAGAACUGUAGGGCUCCAACCCCUAGUCCUUGUACAGAAGAUGAAUUUAAGUGCGGCGGUGGACACUGCAUUUCCAUGGCCUACGUGUGUGAUGAUGUCGAUGACUGUGGGGACCAUUUUGAUGAAACCGGCUGCUAUGUAGGAGAACAAAGAUCAUGUGCUGAAAAUCUAUGCCAACAUAACUGUACCCAAUUAAACGAAGGAGGGUUUAUCUGCACCUGUAGACCUGGGUUCAAACCAGGCACUGUGAACCGAAAUUUAUGUAUAGACAUCGACGAGUGUGACCAGUUUGGGACGUGUCCCCAGGAGUGCCACAACACCAAAGGCAGUUACGAGUGUGCAUGUGCAGAGGGAUUCACGUCUAUGGGUGAACACUUCGGCCAGCGUUGUGAAGCCGAAGGAAACCCUCCUCUGUUACUACUGCCUGACAACAUUAGAAUUCGAAAAUAUAAUCUCUCCUCUGAAAAGUUCUCCGACUACCUGGAAGAUGAGCACAUUCAAGCCCUUGACUAUGACUGGGAUCACGAGGGCACAGGCCUCAGUGUGGUGUACUACUCUGUGCUAGGGGAGGGCUCUGAUUUUGGUUCCAUCAAACGCACGUACAUCCUGAAUGCUGAAACCGGGGGCAAUAAUCUGGUGCAGAAAGUGGACCUGAACCUGAGAUACAUAGUGCAGCCAGAUGGAUUAGCCGUGGACUGGGUUGGAAGGCAUAUUUACUGGUCAGAUGCCAGGACUCAACGGAUCGAGGUGGCUAAGCUCGACGGAAGGUACAGAAAGUGGCUGAUCACCUCUCAACUGGAUCAACCUGCUGCAAUUGCUGUGAAUCCCAAACUAGGGCUAAUGUACUGGACGGACUGGGGGAAAGAGCCCAAAAUUGAGCGGUCCUGGAUGGAUGGGCAGUAUCGGCAAGUCCUGAUUUCUGACGACCUUGGUUGGCCAACCGGCCUUUCUAUUGAUUAUUUGAACAACGACCGGAUCUACUGGAGCGACUUAAAGGAGAAUGUUGUUGGAUCCAUAAAUCAUGAUGGAACUGAUCGCAGACUCAUCUCAAAUGAAGUAAGGAGCCCGUAUAGCCUGGAUGUCUUUGAAGGCCAGAUCUACUGGACAUCUAAGGAGAGAGGAGAAGUGUGGAAGGAAGAUAAAUUUGGAAAUGGAGAGCGAGUGAAGGUGCUGACCGUGAGCCCUUGGCUCACUCAAGUGCGAGUCUUCCACCAACGCAGAUACAAUCAGUCAGUGCCCAAUCCCUGUAACGAUGUCUGCAGUCACCUCUGCCUACUGACACCUGGAGGAUACAGCUGUGCCUGUCCUGAAGGCUCCCACUUCAUGCAAGGGAGCAACACUCAGUGUGACGCAGCCAUCGAGUCUCCUGUCACCAUGCCCCCCGCAUGCAGGUGCAUGUAUGGAGGAACGUGCUAUUUCGAUGAGAAUAAUCUCCCCAAAUGCAAGUGUCCUAGCGAGUACACUGGAAGCUACUGUGAAAUAGGGUUUUCCAAAGGCAUUCCUUCUGGGACAAGAGCCGUGGCGGCGCUGUUGACCGUCAUCUUCCUCAUCAUCAUGGGCGCAUUGGCGAUCGGAGGAUUUUUCCACUACAGGAAAACCGGCUCCCUUUUACCUGCUCUGCCCAAGUUACCAAGCUUAAGUAGUCUGGUCAAAUCCUCAGAACAUGGAAACGGGGUGACCUUCAGAUCAGGGACCGAUGUUACCAUGGAUAUUGGAGUGUCUGGUUUUGGGCCCGAGGCUGCUAUUGAGCGACCAGUGGCGAUGAGUGAGCACUUUGUCAUGGAGACGGGGAAGCAGCCCAUCAUCUUUGAAAACCCGAUGUACUCAGCCAGAGACAGCGCUGUUAAAGCGGUCCAGCAGACACAGGCGGCGGAAUCUGGGAAUGUGGUGAACGAGAAUUAUGGCAGUUCCGUCAACCCUUCUGAGUUAGUUCCGGAGGUAACAGAGACUCCCCGCGGUGCUAACGGCACUCAGGCCACAAAAUGGAAUUUCUUCAAAAGAAAAUUGAAGCAGACCACCAACUUUGAAAAUCCAAUCUAUGCAGAGAUGGGGACAGAGUCAAAGGACCAUGCAGCUGAGGCCCCGCCCCCGUCACCUACCUUCCCAGCCCCAGGGCCUCCGAGAACUCCGACUCCAGCCUACACUGCAACAGAGGACACGUUUAAAGACACCGCUAACCUUGUGAGGGAGGACUCCGAGGUAUAGCUGGGCCAACCAUUUAGGGAAUGAUUAGAAACACAAACACACUUUUGCACAUAUAUUUUUUACAAACAGAUGGAAAAAAAGUUAACAUUCAGUACUUUAUGAAAAAAAUAUAUAAUAUAAAUAUAUUUUCCCUUUUUGCCUAGAGUUGGAAUUGUCUAUGGAAAAUGUGCCUUGUGCGUAUGUGUUUUGGUUUUUCUUUUUUUUACCAUCUUAUAUUUUUACAAAUAAUUAUCACAAUGUACUAUAUGUAUAUCUUUGCACUGAAGCCGUCUGAGGGUAAUGCUAUGAAUGCAUUGUACAUUUGUAAAUCUUGGCGAGAUGGAAACAUCGCCGAAUUUGCUGAAUAAAAGUGUCUGCUGAAUCGGUUGGCGCACCUGACAGUGAAUGCAUCGGCGAGGGCAGCAUUUCUGAAGAAGGGGCACCGCGCCUCCGUAGUUCUCGCAAAGUUCUCCGGGAAAUGAACCUCUGCUUUUACACGUCAACACUGGGUCUUCAAAUCACAUGUCGAUCCGGCCCAUAGCUGUAUCAAACGAGGACGCCGUGUGCUGGGCCCACGUCUGCGUUUGAUCGCAGCCACCUCAGAGCAGGCGGAGGGGAGAGUGCAGUGCAGUCUCGCCCGCCCGUGCGUUUGCAUUGCUUCCCCAGAACGCUCUGCGGCAGAGGUGUUCUCUCUAGCUAGCUUCUGUUGGCAAUGACUGGGAGAAAAGUCCCACGGUAAUGAGUGUGCGUGGCAUGCAGCGAGUUUAUUUCAUUGACUGAGCGCCUUCCCUGGGCAGACCCAGCUUGGCGGCUCGGGUUCCUGCCUACCUGGUAAACUAGAGCUCGGUAGCCAAAUUACUCAAACCGAACCCGUGUCUUCCCACAGUGAGGUGCAAGACACAGCCUAGUUAAGCCAAGCCUGUACUAGAUUUUUUGGUGUGUGACUCUGUCACUAUAACUAUUUCCUAAGGUGAACAUGAAAGGGAAACUCUUACUGAGCCUUUUUUAGGUCCUUUGGCUAAAUCCAUACGUUUUUAUCAGAAUGUACUGUACUGUCAAACUCUUGUUUCGGAGCAUGGUGGUGUGGUCUCUACAGCAAGGGUUGCUUUUGUGCCCCCCUGGGAAGCGUGGUGGGAAUAUACCGCUCACCUAGAGCGCAGCAUCUGGGUUCUCGGUGCCCGUGUUGCACGUGGGUUGGACAGUGAGUGAGUGGACACACGGAUGACUGAAAGGAACACAUACUGCUGAUUAUUUUACUUCUGGGUCCUUGGACUAUUUGUUGCUCAUAUUUUGAGUGCUUUUGGUAAUUACUUUGAAAUGUACGUUGAUUAGCAAAGCAACUGGAAAUGAUGCUGCUGAAAAUUUUCUAAUAAAUGUGUAUUUUAUCAGA